AUCAUAAAAAACACUAUCAUAAAAAAAUUGGUUGAGACGCUAUUACGAACACGCUGGAUUAAUUCAAGUUUGUUGUAUAUUUCGAGUAUCUUUAUGUUGUAUUCAAAACAAUAAAAAAAAUAAUUUACAAGGUAAUAUAAAAUUUAGUUAUUAUUAUUCGAUAUUUUAGAUUUUUGAUUUCUAUUUCACACUUUAAUUGAUAUUAAAAUAAAAAAAAAAAUAUUAAAAAUAAAUAUUUUAAAUUAAUUUUUUAGAUACCAUGUUGGGUGGUGGUGGUUUAUUUUCCAAUAAGGCAGUAGCAGCGCCUGCGAACCCAAAUAAAGAUUUUGAAGUGAUUCAACCUCCUGAUGAUUCUGUUUCUGCAAUGGCAUUCAGUCCGUCUACCAUACAACAAAAUUUCCUCGUUGCUGGUAGUUGGGACAACAGUGUAUGUUUUAUAGAAAUUAGCAUUAUCAUAUUGUAUAACUUAGUUAAUUUUUUUUCCUUUUAUAUAAUUUAGGUACGUUGUUGGGAAGUUGAACAAACUGGUAAAACUGUGCCUAAAUCUAUGCAAUCCAUGAGCAUGCCGAUUCUGGAUACUUGUUGGAGUGAAGACGGUUCAAAAGUAUUCAUGGCUUCUUGUGAUAAACAAGUGAAAUGCUGGGAUUUAGGAAGUAAUCAAACCGUUCAAGUAGCAGCUCACGAUGCACCUGUAAAGACUUGUCAUUGGAUCAAGGCCCCAUCCUACACUUGUCUUAUGACCGGGUCAUGGGAUAAAACUUUAAAGGUGACGUCAAUAUGUUAAUGGUCGUGUGGUUUUUAGCAUUAUUAAUAUAUUUGGAUUUAAGAGAAUAUUGGUCCAUUCGCUUUGGAUUCUCAGAUGUUAACAGUGUUUAUGCUUACAUUUGCGUUUAUGAGCUAUAAUUGCAUUACAUUACUAUUUCAAAAAUAUAUUGAUAACAAAAUAAAAAUUGUUAACACAUUACACCCAUUGAUUAUAAUAUAUUUCAUUUUGCUGGUUUAUAUUUUUGAAUUUUCGUAAUUUUAAAGUAAAAAAGAGCUGAUACUGGGGAUGGGAGUGGCCAUUGUUGUAGGUGAGAAGUUGUGAAAAGGUAAGAUACAUAAGGUUAUAUCAUUUAUAACAGUAAGCAACGAUAAGCUAUUGCUUGACGAAAGACGAUUCCAAGGACAGUUUGGUAAUACAUCAUUUAAAGUGCCGUAAACUUUUACAAUUUUCGUUUAAAUUUGAUUUCAAAACGCUUAAAAAAUAAAAGUCGUCUGAUCAUUUUGGAAAUUUUAUCAUGUCUAGGAAAGUCCAAUGUAAGUAUUAUUACUGUUUCAAAUCUACAUGUAUUUAUAACCAUAUUACAACAAAAAACUCCCAAAAAAUAAAUGCUUAAAAGUGGCCAAUGUUUUGGCGAUGAUACUAUAAGAAAGUAAAUCAAGGCAACUAAAAAGAUGUCUUAUGAUUUUUUGAUCUAAUCAUUUCUUCUGGUAGAAUGUCGUCCGUGUUUUUAUAAAAAAUGAAAUCGUGAAAUUGUAUGUUUUCCUAAGUUUUGUCCCAUUUAAGUGCUUAUAUUUAAAAAAUGGCGUCGAAAGACAAAAAAUAACUUCUUUAAAUUACCAUUUAGACAACUUGAGCUUUCAAAAAAGUUGUUACACAUAAAAAUCCUAGCAAGUUUACUAGGAAAAAACGUGUCUGCAGACUAGAAAAAAAAAAUGUCAACAUUAGUAAAACCAAUAGCUCCCUCGCUAUGCUUAAAAUCUAAAAUUUAAUUUGCAUUUUCCAAAUUUCACAGAUGCAUACAACAUAUUUAAAAAAAGUAUAUAAGUAUAUAAGUAUUGUUUUGUUUAUUUAUGUAUUAAAUUUAAAAAUAGUUGUUUAUGUUGUUAGUUAUUUGUCUUAAAUUCAUUAAAAUGGUAAAUUAUUGUAUAAUUUGUUAAUAGCUUUAUUAAAUACACAAAAAAUAAUCAAUGUAUUGAAUUAAUAUGCUGUGUAUUUUAUUUUAUAGUUUUGGGAUAUGAGGAGUGCAAAUCCUAUGAUGACCAUUAAUUUACCAGAAAGAGCAUAUUGUGCUGAUGUGGUACGACUACUAAACAUUUUUAUUUUUCUUAAAUUAAAUGAGUCUUAUAAUUUAAAAACAAAAUACUUUAAUCACAAUUAUGCUGAUCAAAUAUAUUCAAUAAUAUUUAGGAUUAUCCUAUGGCAGUGAUCGGUACAGCCUCAAGGGGUAUAGUUGUAUAUAAACUGGAAGGAAAACCCGAACUGGUAAAAUCUGUAGAAUCGCCUCUUAAAUAUCAACAUCGUUGUGUUGCAAUCUUUAGAGAUAAAAAAAAACAAUCACCUGUUGGUAAGUUGUGUUCAAAAACAGAGACAUAAAUGAGGUAAAUAAAACUAAUGCGGUAUUUUGGUUGUUUUAGGUUUUGGUUUGGGUAGUGUUGAAGGUCGAGUGGCUAUUCAUUAUAUACAGCCUCAAAGUUCUAAAGACAAUUUUACAUUUAAAUGCCAUCGACAGAACAACACUGGCACUAUGAACGUACAAGAUAUUUAUGCUGUAUGUAUUAGUGUAAAAUUAUUUCUUUUUGUAUAGUUACUCAUUGAAAUAUAUUAUUAGGUUAACGAUAUUAAGUUCCAUCCAAUUCAUGGUACAGUAGCGACUGUAGGUUCAGAUGCUACAUUUGCGUAUUGGGAUAAAGAUGCGCGUACAAAAUUGAAGUCGUCUGAAACACUGGAUCAACCAAUCACUAAUUGUUGUUUCAACAAUAAUGGUCAAAUAUUUGCUUACAGUACUGGCUAUGACUGGUCCAAGGUUAGUAUUAUUUUUUAAUUGUAAGGUACUAAAACAAUUUAAAGAAAUAAAUAGAUAAUAAAUUUACUUUUGCUGAACAUGUUCAAUUUAAAAAUUACAUAAAUAUGUACUAUAAUAUUCCCUUAAAUAUCGCUAAAUAUAGGUACACUAAAAUUAUGUAAAUAUGAAGUGUAUGCGAUUUCUCUAAAAUUCUAACCACGCUCGUGAUAAAUGUAUGUAACUAUUUUAUAAUAGAAAUAUUCGAACAUCACAACAAUUCACAAACAACAUCGGUAUUCAUAAAUAGGUAAGCUAUUAAUUGGAUAAAUAAUUUGAAAAAUCUGAAAAAUUAAAUUCAACUAUUAAAACUAUUAAAGUCAAUAUAAAUAAAACUUAAAAAUAUAUAUAUUUUAAAAUUUUAAAUACAGCUAACAAAAAACCAUUAUUUUGAUCAGGAAUAGGUUUUGGUUAUAAAACUGGGUUUGAAAAUAAAAGGGAACUGCUUUAAUAUUAAUACUUAGUUUAUCUUGAUUACCAUUAACUAACAAGCAUUUCUAGUAUUAAUAAAAUAAAAACAAAAAAUUGGUUUUUGUUUCAAAUUGGUUACUGGUUUUAAGCCCUGUUAAUAACUAUUGAUUAUCCAAUUCUUCUAUAAAGUUAGUUCAUAUAGUAAAAAAUAUUACUAUUUAUGUUAAUUACAUUAACUGUUGUAUUCACUAUACUACAAUUAUUAUUUUUAUUAUAUUUAUUAUAUAAUUUGAUUUAUUAAAUUUCAGGGCCACGAGUAUAAUAAUCCCGCCAAAAAACCGCAGAUAUUCUUGAAACCGUGUUUUGAGGAUCUCAAGCCUAAGAGUAGCUCAUAAACUUCUAAUUUUAAUCCUUUAUUAUAAUUUUUUUUUUUUUUUUUUAACUAAGUGUUCCAAAAAUCUAAAUGUAUUUUUUUUUUAUGAUCAGUUUUAAAAGUAAAAGUUUAAAGAUUUAGGGCCUUUAAUUAUAAUAGUUACAUUUUUUAUGAUUAAUACGUAAUUAUUUUUCUUUAAGUCGAUAAUAUAAAGAAUACUUCUGUAAGUAAUCAAAACGUCUUAUAUUAUAUAAAAAAAUAAUAGACUGUACAAAUUAGUGACAAAAAAAAAUAGAUUACUUAACUAUUUAGUAGAAUUUGUAAUAAGUAUUAUUUUGAUGAAUAAAUACAUAUAUAAUACACAGUCAAUAUUUACAGACCCCAGAAAAAAAUUGAAUAAUUAGAAAUAUAUGCUGUACACAAAAACCUAUGAUUAUUUUUAAAUAAAAUGACAGUCAUAAUCGGUGAUUAUGCAUAAUGACAUUGAUGAAUAUAUUGGUAUCCAUCAAUAGUUUUAAAACUGGUCUAAAAUGUUCGCAAUGGUAACACUAUUAGCACUAAAAUGCAAGUAAAAAAAGCAGACAUAUUCGCACAUGGGUCGCAACCAAUGUUGUAGGUGGGAAGUUUGGAAGGUAGGGUACAGAAGGAAAUUUAAUAUAUAAAUGUAAGCAAUGAUAAACCAUGGCUAACAAAACAAUGAUUAUGAGUGGAGUUUAGUUGAUAGUGAUGCUUUAUCAAUAAUAUUUUUGUUGUAUUAUGGCCUAAUAAUUAAAUAGGCAUAUAUUUUCAUAAAUAAUAAUUGUUUAACAUUGUACUAAUUUUUCUGUUUUCUCUACAUUUUUCCCAGGUUUUUCAAAUAUGCUGGAUAAACUCUUGGGAAAAUUGAAAAAUGACCCUAAGGUACCAAUCCAAGAAAAUUUCCUUUUAGAAAAAAUAAAUAUCUUUAGAAAAUUUAAUAUAUUUAUACAAAUUAUUAAAAAUUAAUACCAAAAAAUAAAAAUAUCAUUUAAGCAAAUUGUAGUCCUUAUCCAUAUGAAUAUAAAAAAAAAAAAAAACAGAAUUUGAUUACCGAUACCGUACUGAUAAUACAAUAUGAUACAAACUCCUACAUAUGCCACUGUUUCAGUUUAAGAAAAUAUUGAUUGGUUUUUCUGUUUCAUUAGUUCCACGUCUAGGUAUAUAUUUUGAAAGAACCAUGUAUACUUUUCAAUCAUUAGAUAACUCUUGAAAUUACUCUACUGCUCUCUGGUUUGCUCAGAUACUGAAUAUUGCCCUUAAAUUUGGAUAAAUAACACUCUUAAACAAGACAAAACCAUAUAAUCUGUGCAGAAUAAUUCUUUACGAUUUGUAUUCUUCAAAUUUAACAUUCUUAGACCUACCCACAAAUCAUACCAAAAUUGUCUUAACUUCUUUAAUUUAUCUCCACUUAUUGACAGACAUUCAUCCCUGCUUUUAAGAUUCCUACAUAAUUUAAUACUAGGAUCUGUUGAUUUCCCUGAAAUGCUUUCUCUUAUUCGCUUCAAAAUAGAUUCCCUAAUUUGUAAUAGGACUAUUUGUUUGUAUAUUUGAAUAAAUAAAUACACUAAUACUAAGCUCAAUCGGUUAAAAUGUUAGUAGUUGAUUAAAUUAUUUGUUUAAUUAAACAAAAAAUUUAGGGAUUUUAUUUUAAACCAUUGAUUUUCUCUUUUGGGUAUCAUUUUAAUACAUCAUAAUAAUUUAAUAGUAUUUAUACAACAAAUAGGUAAUAACCUCACAUUUAUUAUACACAAAAUGUAUAGGUUAAAUAUUUCUUAACUAAAUGUCUAAAUCUACACAUAUUAUGCACAAUAUAAAAUAUGUGAAUUUCGGUUUUUUUUUUUUGUUCAGUACAUGAUGCAUUAAUAAAUAAUUAAAUGUAUCAUUAAAAUUUAUCUGAGCCACAAUUUUAAACGUAAAGCAUCCACACCGUUUAAAUAGUAGCAGAAAAGACGUUUGUCUCGAACAAAGCCCAAAUUUUCAUAUAAUUUUAAUGCUGGUUUAUUGGUGAUUUCUGUUUCAAGGACGACCUGAAAAUUAUAAAUAAGUAUAAUUCAUUGAACAGACAAAUUUAAUUAUUACUAGUGUCUUAGUAAUUAUUAUACAAAUAACUACUACUCAUAAGUAAU